UAAAACAUAAUCUGUUCCUUGAUUGCUAUCACAGGAUCAGGACCAGGAUGAAGAUGGUCCUGCUGCUGAUAUUGUCAGUACUCAAAUGAGAAAUAAACACUGGUAUGUCAGCACAGCAGGACCUUUUUUUUUUCCCCCUGGGGGCAGUUUAGUUAGAAUUUAUGUGCUUCUUUUAAGGUCAUAAAAAAUGGCCUUGGGAGGCAGCCACUAGCCACAUCAGACUACCCCAACUUUCCUGGAGCAACAGAGCGAACACCCCCGCACACUGGCACACACUGAUCUAAAGUGCGGGCCUUUUUAUAGCAAUGCAGAGGCGGGAAUAUUAAAUUAUUAGGCCACAUUUCUGCCAGAUUUUGACUGGUUUUGAAUUUUGAGUUAAAAAGCAACCCCAGCCUCUCCCAGGCCCUGGGCUGAAGGUUGUAGAGAAAUAACUGUAGCCAUAUUAUCUUAGGCUUCUACAGACAGACCUCUGGGCAGGUAGGCAGGCAGGGCAGUGGCAGGCAAGAUGGCCAGCUACAGAGGAGGGCAGCCAGGAAGCAGGGACAAGCCAAGAUCAGAAAUUCUCCCCAGGGCUGGAGGCUAGGGACCUCCCGUGCUCCUGGGUCCCACUCAGUUCUCCUUUCUGGAGUUUGUCCCAUCAAGCUCGGUGCCCUCCUUCUCUUGAAGUGCUAGGACUGCAGGCAGAGAGGUUGCUGGGUGCUUGGGGCUUUGUUUUUAUCAUUCUGACUUGAAAUGGGAAUGGGGAGGCCUGUGUGUGCAGGCAGUUGAACUGGGAACAAAGUAAUGUUUGCAUCUGAGGCUGGCUUUUCAUCCAGCAGCUAAGUUCAGUGACACGGGCCUCAGAACCUACCCCCUCAGCUUUCUUUAUCACCCAGUGGAGUGUGUGUGUGUGGUGUACACAUGGGUGUCUGUGUGUAUGAUGUGUGCAUGUAAGAGUGUGUGUGUGUGUGUGUGUGUGUGUGUGUGUGUGUGUGUGUGUGUGUGUGUGAGUGUUAUUUUGGGGGCACUUUUGGACUUCUGUUUAGGAUAGAGUCCAUAUUUUACCUGUUUUGAAGCAUUUAUCCCAAAGCUCCAGUCAGUCCUUUUAGAAUCUUUUCUGUCUCGUGAACAAAGCAACCACAACCGGUGAGUGUCUGGAUUACACCGCCUUCCUCAUUUUCAUGCAGCUCUGACUUUGAGAAGAAUGUUCCGAGGGGAAGAAAGGACGUGUGCCCUUCUUAUCGCUAGAAUUUUAAGGCUUUCCCCACUUAAAUCGAUCUCAAUUAACUUUGAUUUCUUUCUUUAGAAAACCAUGUGUGAAAUUAUACUUUGCCAGAUGUGAGAAGAUUCCUUCCCAAGCACACACACAUUUAGGCCUCAUUUUAGCUGGGAUAUUUCAGUCCUCCCCCACCAACCCUGCUCCACAUUUAUUUCCCCGAUGGCUUUGUUUACAAGAAUAUCUUACUUUAUCCUGAGAAUAAGAUUUUUAAGUUACUAUGUUUUUGUUGCUCUUCAAGACUUCUAAUUUUUAAAACACAACCUCACAAUUUGUCAGCCCCUCUGUGUAACCUGUUUUUGCCAGUUUCUGAUAAUAAAUCACGUAUUUAUUCGUGUGUCUUCUCAUCAAAGAGCCAAAGCUAACAUUACACAGUGUGUUAUUCUCCACAAGCCUUGCUUGAGUCCUCAUGCCCGACCAGGAGCAGGAGCAGCCGCCAGCCCUGUCUUCUAUUCUGAGGCCAUAGGAAGGGGGACCUGCCCAGAAAAAUAAGUUGGAGGUAUAAUACCCCAGCUUUAGUAGGUCUGUUGGACUUUACUGGACUUUGGGGGACCUAUUAGACCCCCACAACUCUGAGAUUAAAGUCCUUAACUCACACAUCCAAUGAGACCAGGAAAGAUUGCUGUAUGAUUCACACUCUCUGACAUUCAGGAUGCCACUGAUAACCCCAUUUUCUGGGACUGCCACUUCAUGACCUGUGUGGACAUGAGUGUGUUGCAUGGUUCAGAUGCCCACCCCGCCUUGUGCCUGCCUCUGGCUCUGUGGUGGACACAACCCAUGGUUCAGUUCCUGUUCAAACUCCAGCCACACUCUUUCCUUAAGUGUGGCAGAGCUGUCGCAGGCUGAAGCCAAGGCUGGGCUUUAUGGAUGCACAGAUACCUGCUACUCCAUUGAGAGGAGGCCUUAUCAGUUGUGAGUGAGGACCAGUCACUAUUUGAGUGUGCCUACGGAACGCCACACCUGGCUAAGACAGAGAUGACUGCAUCCUCUUCCAGUGACUAUGGCCAGACAUCCAAGAUGAGUCCCCGAGUCCCUCAGCAGGACUGGCUAUCUCAACCCCCCGCCAGGGUCACCAUCAAGAUGGAAUGCAACCCCAGCCAGGUGAAUGGUUCCAGGAACUCGCCCGAUGAAUGCAGUGUGAGCAAAGGUGGGAAGAUGGUGGGCAGCCCUGAUACUGUGGGGAUGAGCUACGGCAGCUACAUGGAGGAGAAGCACAUGCCACCCCCCAACAUGACCACAAACGAGCGCAGAGUGAUCGUCCCUGCAGAUCCUACUCUAUGGAGCACAGACCAUGUCCGACAGUGGUUGGAAUGGGCGGUGAAAGAAUACGGCCUUCUGGACGUGGACGUCUUAUUAUUUCAGAAUAUUGACGGGAAGGAGCUGUGCAAGAUGACAAAAGAUGACUUCCAGAGGCUCACUCCAAGCUACAAUGCAGACAUCCUUCUCUCACAUCUCCACUACCUCAGAGAGACUCCCCUUCCACAUUUGACUUCCGAUGACGUGGAUAAGGCUUUACAAAACUCUCCACGGUUAAUGCAUGCUAGAAACACAGGGGGUGCAGCUUUUAUAUUCCCAAAUACUUCAGUAUAUCCCGAAGCUACGCAAAGAAUUACAACUAGGCCAGAUUUACCUUAUGAGCCUCCCAGGAGAACAGCCUGGACCGGCCAUGGCCACCCUGCCCCCCAGUCCAAAGCUGCUCAGCCAUCUCCUUCCACAGUGCCCAAAACUGAAGAUCAGCGUCCUCAGUUAGAUCCUUACCAGAUUUUGGGACCCACCAGCAGCCGCCUUGCUAAUCCAGGUAGUGGCCAGAUCCAGCUGUGGCAGUUCCUGCUAGAACUCCUGUCUGACAGCUCGAACUCCAACUGCAUCACCUGGGAAGGGACCAACGGGGAAUUCAAGAUGACAGACCCUGAUGAGGUGGCGCGGCGCUGGGGGGAGCGGAAGAGCAAGCCCAAUAUGAACUAUGAUAAACUCAGCCGCGCCCUCCGCUACUACUACGACAAGAACAUCAUGACCAAAGUGCACGGGAAGCGCUAUGCCUACAAGUUUGACUUCCACGGGAUCGCGCAGGCCCUGCAGCCCCACCCUCCCGAGUCAUCCCUGUACAAAUACCCCUCUGACCUCCCGUACAUGGGCUCCUAUCACGCCCACCCCCAGAAGAUGAACUUUGUGGCUCCGCACCCUCCAGCCCUCCCAGUCACAUCGUCUAGUUUCUUCGCGGCCCCAAACCCAUACUGGAAUUCACCGACUGGGGGCAUUUACCCGAACACUAGGCUCCCGGCCAGCCAUAUGCCGUCUCACCUGGGUACUUACUACUAGAGACCAGAGGGAGGCCUUUCCCAACAGUGUACAAUCACCUAGCAGUCACCACAAACUCAGAGAACACACAUCGGAAGUGCCUCAUGAGGAAUGGAAAAGGUUGACCAGAGCUGGGGAAGGAAGCCGGAAACCAAAGACUCACAGGGGAGGGUGGGCGUCACCCAAGUAUUACUACAGAAAUAGAGGAAGCUCAAAAUAUAAUGUACAUGGACGUAUAACCUGUGGUCCCCCCUUGUCAAAGACAUUGUAUGUAGAAAAGCAUGACAUGGUAAGGACACACUGCCAAAGAAAGUGGCCUUAAGUAGUGUACAAAGUGUAGAGUAUGGGACCUUGCUUGUACCAACCAGGAUUCAGUGAAAGCACUAGAGAUAACAGUCACACAGUCUUGGCCUAACAUACCAUUUAGAAUGUCAUUUGAAGGGAAACUACCUGUGUUUAGAAACAGAAACAUAUCAAAAUGAGGUAAGACAAGAGAGAUGGCAGCCCCUCCACAAACCACACUGUGGAUUUUCUUGGCUGGCAUUUGCUGUUUGGGAUGAAGUCAGAUUCUUUCCAUUUGAUAGAGAGAUACCAGGUCUGUCAAACUGUGAAGAUGACCCAAAGUCUCAUCUCCUUUUCAGUAUUAUGGGAACUGUGAGCCACGUGGUGGGCAGGGCACGUGUCUGGUGUGUGAGUAUGUGAUUAUAGAAAAAAGUGAGAGAGGUGGAAGUAGAGGAGGAGGGGUUGUGGGAAGGAGUGGAGGAGAAAGAGAAGAGGAGGGAGAAGAGGAGGAUAAAGAGGAGGAGAGGAAUAGAAGGCAAUCAUUCAAGCCAUCAAAGCUGAAUGUAGGACAUCUUGGGACCAAAGAGCAUGAAUCGUGAUGUUUGAUGCUGUCGGUGUUGAAAGAAAGUUCACAGUUUUAUGGAGGACUGGGAGCAGUAGUAUUCAAAACCAAAAAUACAUCUCUGUGAAAAGAAAGUCGUAACUGGAAUUGUCUAAUAUUCAAAAAAAGUUCAGGACCUCUGCAUUUGGUGGAGGCUUUGUCCUUCAUGGGAGCAGUCGAGAAGCGACCUGUGUGGCCGCUACAGUCAGAGAGACCAAGCAGGCAUUGUGGGUAGGUGGGCUCCAGUUUUCCUUAAUGAGUCGCGAACGCUGUGCGUUCGUCAGAACGAAGUCUACAAGUCAAUGGGUUUUUUCUUUUUAUAUAAUAAUUAUAUAACUUAUGCAUUUAUACACUACGAGUUGACCUCGGCCAGCCAAAGACACACCACACACAAAAAAGGAGACAAUCAACGAUAUGAUGUGGCCUUGAAUUUUAACUCUGUAAUGCUUAAUGUUUACAAUAUGAAGUUACUAGUUCUUAGAUGCAGAAUGUAUGUAAUAAAAUGAGCUUGGCCUCUCAUGGCGAUCCAGAAUGGCA